GCAGAGCGGCCGGGAAGCGGGGUGCCGGUGGGCGCCUGAGCGCGCUGUUGGCCUGCGCGGCGCCCGCUGCGGCGCGGGCGGGGGAGGCGCAGCGUCGGCCGCACCCUGCUGGCCUGGCGGGCUCUGGGCCGCGGUCCCCGGGCCUCCGUGGUGUCUUGCGCAGCGCCGCCGCGGGAGCAGGUCGGCCUUGCCCGCCCCUCGUCCGCGGCCGGCGAGAGGAUGAGCGCCCGGCCCGGCCCCGAAGACGCACCGCUUGCCCUCGUUUGUCUUGGCGCCGCCCGGGCCCCCAGACUGUUCCAGGCGCGCAGUCCCUCGCACCUCCCAGGCCCCAGGCUGAAGCCCGCGAGUCGGUAGUGGAAGAGCGAACGCAGUGUUCCGCUCGCGGGUGGGGUCUUCGUCCUCGAAAGGAAGCUUUCUCUGCUCCCACACUGUGUCAUACUCACCCCUGCAGGUGCUACUUGCAAAUCGAAAUUCGACGUUUUCAGGCCAUUUUGGUUACAAAACUCAAUCACAACAGCCUCAGUGGCUGUAGGUCGGGUGGUACGGGGCUGCCUCAUAGGGUUUUAUUCAUUUCCUGUCCUUGUGGAAUUAAAUGCAAUCAUCUAUCCUCACUUUUAGCAAUAGCUACUGUUUUUGAGUGCUGUGCGUGAGAUGCUUUUCAAGUAUUAGCUCUAAUUACUGCAACACUAGAAGAUCAUACCCUGUACCAUUUACAGUUAGAACGGAGGCUCGGAAUACUAACUUUUUCAAAGCAAGUGGUACAAGGAGUCUGAAGAAGAGUUCAGAUUGAAGGUCCUAAGUAUAGGUCCUUUCCACCGGCCCACAGUGCCCUGGACAAGACCCUGGAGUAUCAAGGAGUAAAGAUGCUAAUAGAGGAUCCGAUUACCACUUGUCUUUCUCCCUCAGUCUAUGAUAUGAUCUGUAAACUCGGGUUUGAAGUCAGAGAAAGUUGUGAUAUCAAUCGCAUUGUAACUCAGAGGGGUGAAGUAUGCUGGCAGACCAUCACAGCCUGUGUGACUUACACACAAUCAGGCACUUUCAUCCCGCGGUAAGGAGCUGUAGUACUCACACUGCUCUUCUUCUCCCUGAAGCCCAGAGUCUGGAUUACCGGGGCACCGUGCUGCUGCUGGGCCCCGUGUGUGAGGCCGUCCACCGACAUUUGUUAUCUCUGACCAAGGGGCAGUUUGACACGCGAUACACGCCGUGGCUGCAGUGGACAGCUCUUCCAGAGUUAUUUCCUGAAAUAUUUGAUGCUUUGGGAAGCCCUCAAUGUCCCGCUAUUCCUCUUAGCUUAAUGAAACUGACGGCAUGUCUAGAACGGGCUUUGGGUGAUGUGUAUUUACUGAAUGGGAAGGAAUGCCCCUUUCUUUUGAGAGAUCUGCUUGCGUCUGAGGAGCUUGCCGAGGUCUUUGGUCGGUCUGUGAUGGACGUGCUGAAAGUCUUUGUCGGAUCUCCACGUGGACUCAACCUGCGUAAUACCCUAUGGCACGGCUUUGCUUCCCCUCAUGAGAUCCCCCCAAAAUACUGUUCAAUGAUGGUACUGUUGACCGUGGGAUUGGGUCAGCUGCUGAAGAGUUACUUGCAACAAGCUAAACUUGUGUUGGCACACCGACCUUUCAUCGUUCUCACAAACCUUGAGGAUUUGGCCGUUUUCCCUGACGUUACUUCUGAGGUACUUUCAGUGUUAGAAGAAGUGAUGAAGAAAUCCACUUUCAUAUUAAAGGUCAUGUUGCCGUACUGGGAAGCUGCAUUAAUCGGGUUCAGGUCACACAGGUUUGCCGACUGUGCCAUGUUGUUACUGACACAGUUAGAGACGGGACUCAGGAGAGUUUUUGCCACUGUUAACCAAUGUCCAAAAAGACUUCUGACUGCUGAGUCCACGACUCUUUAUACCACCUUCGACGAAAUAUUGGCAAAACACUUGGAUGAUGGUAAAAUCAAUCAGCUUCCUCUUUUCCUUGGAGAGCCUGCAAUGGAGUUUCUUUGGGAUUUCCUAAACCAUCAGGAGGGCCCCCGUAUAAGAGACCAUUUAAGCCAUGGGGAAAUCAACUUACCUGAAUUUCCGAAAGAGGCAGCAAACCAAUUGCUUGCAUUUUCCAUUGUACUUUUACUCAGAUUCACUGAUGAAGAUCUGUCGGCAGCCCUUAAGGAAAAAGCAGCGAUAAAGUCACUGGUUGGUCUUGCGGAGGGUUACCACGCCCACUUCCACCCAGUUGCUCAGCUUAAAAAACAGGUGCUGAGCUGUGAGAAGAGCAUCAGGGUUUGGCCCCUCCUGCCUUUGCCUGAAGAGGCCGAGGAGGCAGCCAGAUUAGAAGGUACUUCUGAAACACAGGCCUGCGAGGCUUUAAUCACAGAAAUCCUGAGAGCCCUGCCCCGCCACUUGCCCGAGAGCCGUGGUGUUGUCAGCGACCGGGACAGUCUUCCCACCGAGAGGUGGCCCCAGGUGAUCCAAGAACUCUGCGGCACCCCUGUCCCAACUCUCUUCUGUCCCAGAACCGUUCUGGAGGUGCUCACCGUGCUCCGAAACAUCAGCGCACACUGCGCCCGCGUGUCCAGCCAGGUCGCUGCCUCUGUGGAGCUGAGACACCAGCAGUGGGUGGAAAGGAGACUGCGCUCCCGGCAGAGGCAGACCUACCUGCACAUGCUCACUAGUAUUAAGCUUCUGUCUCCUGUGCUUUACCUGAUUUUAUUGCUGAUUGCCCUGGAAUUGGUCAACAUUCAUGUGGUUCAUGGAAAAAAUACUUACGAAUAUCAACAGUAUCUAAAGUUCUUAAAGUCGAUCUUGCAGUACACGGAGAACCUGGUGACUUACACCAGCCAGCAGAAGAACAAGUGGAACGAAACUAUCAGUCUUACACGUACAGCUCUGUUGAAAAUUUGGACUUUCAGUGAGAAGAAACAAAUGUUAAUACAUUUAGCCAAGAAAUCCGCAAGUAAAGAAGGCUUAUGAAAACACUUAGAAGUCAAGAUGCUUUUGGCUACAUCUGAAAGCUCCGCCUGAAUAGGCUUUACCAGCAUGGAAAUUGAAAAGCCAAAGGUAGGGUGGAUUGCAGGCUCUGAUUGGUCAGGGAUCAAGUUCCGUUUCUCUGCAGUUUUCUGAAUUGCUGUUCCCGCGUUUGUGUGAACCUUAGGCUGGGUCCCUUCCUGGGACCAAAUGGCCGCAGCAUUUUGGCCACCAUGACACAGUGUCCAGGGGGAGCUUUAUAACCACAUGUCACCCAGGAAACUCUUGAAAACGGUCACUGUGGCCAGGUCCCCCUGCCCCGUCUUCACUGGCCAAACUGGGUAGGCUCCCCUCCUGAGCCACCACUGGGGCAGAGAAAGAACGUGGGCCAGUCCGGCCUCAUCCCUGGAGCUGAGAGCAAGGCUGGAUGGUCCAGAUCCUAUGGGACAGAGUUGGGGAGGAAGGUAUGGUGGGCAGACGGGGCCAGGCAGCAGGUGUGCCCAUCUGUGUGUGGCCGGGAGAGCAGGAGCCCCGGCACGUGUCUGGGUAGGAGGGUCUUGUGUAGGAGCGGGGAGAGCUGGAGGACUGAGGGUCAAGGGUGCAGUCGCCCCAGUCCUGCUCGGAGAGCUGAAAUCUGAUUCUCGAGGGCUCUCUGGGCCACUGCAGUUGUCUGGAGCAUCCAGACACCCACUGUGAGGCCGUCCCCAGCCUCAGGUCUGUGUGUGCGCUAGGCCUCGCACAGUGACUCAUGGCCUCUCCACCAUCCCUACCUCCCAGGCAGGUUCUAGCCCAUGUUCUAGUCCAAGGAACGGUGCCCACCCUGUGUGUUUCGGGCUUCUCUGCUGUCAGAGAGCAGUGCCGAGGCGGUCUCAAAGGGAAGGGGUGGUGCUGUGGGAAGACAGACAUUCCAUCACAUUCCACCCAUCCCUUUGCCAACUCAGCACCCACCACCCCUUUUAAACUAAACUCCAGGUAAGGACAGAGAGCACCGGGCUUCUGCCCCUGCGAUGCGGCCUUCUCUGGUGCAGGUGUAGACCCUGGAGUCCCCGCGUCUGGGCUUCUGCCCCUGUGACAUGUUCUUUUCCAGCAGUCACACCCUCCCUUGGACAUACUCUAAAUUAAACGAUAAUUUAUGGUAUUAGCCCCUCUAAAUCCUCCUAAUGUUAGAGCUGCAAUGAAAAAGGGGAAAUAAAAGAAUUGAUAUAUUUACCAAGCACAUGAAGAGAAAGGUGCAACUCCUGUGCACCUGCUUUUGCACCUGGUGAGCUGGCAGAUGUUGGUAUUAAAAAUCCCCUUUUCUACAACUCAUCCCGUGUUCCUCUGCCCUCAGCCACUCACUUCUGUUGGUGGUGGUGCCUCAGCUGGUGGGUUGACCCAGACUUCAUUCCUGAGAGUCGCCCUCCAAGACGUCUUCCUGGUUUGAGCAACUCGUUUUCCAUUGGUUCUGAUUGCUGGAAAUGGGAAUUCUAGGAGGUUCCCCAGAGGAUCUCUUAAAUUCCAGACACACACCUGCCUGCCCCUGUCUGGCAGUAGGCUUGUCCCCGAGGUGGGGAGCAGUGACCUAAGCCAUGACAGUCUACCGGCUUUGCCUUUUGGUUCAUUGGCAUGAGGCGUCCAGUACAGCUGGGUGGCCUCUCAGCCUGCAGGCCAAUGGGCCACUUGUGUCCCUCUGUGGAGCAGAUCUUCCUUAGGAACAGAUAUUCACACCAGCGGAGCCCCAAAUCCUGAGAUCUCGUGAACCCUCCCUGCGUCACAUGCUUCCUCCAGCUGUGUGUCCUGGCGUGGGAAAGACCACGUUGCCGGAUACUGAGGGCAGUUCAGGGCACAAGGCACCACCACAAGCCGGCAUCCCGACCGGAGGCCCCCCGCUGUGUUGUCCGGCUGGCUGCGUGGGAGUGCGGAGUCCGUGCCAUGGUGGGGAUCGUCCAGGACCCCGUUGCCGGACAUCCGGGGGAGACGGACCUCUUAGAAGCAGCGCUGUCAGAACCACGGCAGCGAGUAAGGCUUUCUGGGAGCCACUGACAGGGACAGAAAGGUCACGGACGUCCACAGACAGGUCGUCAUGUCCCUGAACUCCAGGGGUGAGCUUCCACACGGGAGGUGGCAUCUGCAUGUUGCUCCUCUCAGGAGCUCCAGCCGCUUCCCCUUCCUCGGCCCUUAUCCACAGCCGAGAUCCCACCUGCCACUGAUUUUCAGUCCUGACCGUCACUGCCCAUUUUCCGGAGGCCCGUCGUCCGGGCCGUUGCACUCUCCAGGUAACGUGGACAAUGACACGCGGUACUUGACCGGCCCCCUCCCACACUGCUCUCAGGGUCGCCCUUGGGGCCCUCGUGCCACCAAUCUUCACCUUUAGGUGGUACCAGCCUUAUUCUUCAGAAAUCAAGUAGAACUUUUUUACAGGUGGGGCACCUGGGGGGCUCAGGCAGUGAGCGUCCAACUCUUGGUUUCGGCUCAGGUCAUGAUCUCAGGGCUGUGAGACGGAGCCCUGCAUUGGGCCCUGUGCUCAGUGUGGAGUCUGCUUGAGAUUCUCUCUCCCUCUCUCUAAAAUAAAAAAAAUCUUAAUAAAAAA